UACAACGUGUUUGUUUGUGUAUAUAUAUAUAUAUACACAUAAAAGCUCAACAUAGCAAUUCCUUUUAAACCUAUGGCCAUUAGCCAAACAAUGACCAACUCUAGCAGUGAUUGGCUGCUACCGGUGUACCAAACCGACUUCACAACCGCCGUUCAGAUCGGGACACCUGGCACCAUCGCAGCCGUUAGCAGUAGCACCACCACCAUCGCCGCGGCUGCGAGGAGUAGCUUGACGCCGGCCGAUCACGUACACGUUCACGGCCGUAUAUCGAAGCCGAUCCGACGGCGGUCGAGGGCGUCGCGGCGAACCCCAACCACGCUACUCAACACCGACGCGACCAAUUUCAGAGCCAUGGUGCAGCAGUUCACCGGAGGUCCGGCCGCUCGAUUCGCCGCACCUCAUCUCCCCGGCGGCGGCACAGGCUCGAUGUUCGGCUUCGCGGUUCCCCCUGCGACUGCUCCAACCGCCGGUGGUGGAUUCCACGUCGCGCAGUACCCGAACCAGUACGGCAUGGAUGGCGUGAAUCGAGGCGAUUUGUCGGAGCAAUCGGCGGAGGAGACGAUCCGGACUGAUUAUGCCAAUUAUAUGAUGCUCCGGUGAGGGAGGGAGGGGAAGAGGUUAAUUUGGGGAUUUAGGGUUUGUAAAUUCUGUCUUCUUCACCACCACGAUUCAUGCAUCUUUUGUUCUUUUAAUUUUGCUAAGGCUCUGCUUAUGUAGUUUGUUUUUUACGUCACUUGGGGGUGGAUUCAAUAUGAAUUUUAUUGGACUCUCUCUCCAAUUCAGAUUUUAAAAAGUUUUUUAAAA